GGCCGAGGAGGAAGGUUCUGGAAGCCGAGCACCGUCGCCCACAGGUCACAGGCCAACGCCCCAGAAUCGAGUCUCUAAGCAGAGGAGCGUGGGCCCGAAUAAUGUCAUCUCGGAGCCUCUGGAGGAAGAAGCGCCAGACGUUGGCUGGGGCGACAUGGCACCGGAAAUUUUGGACGCCGUGAGGGCGGCCUGGCCGAGGGCAGGCGGCGGCGCCCCUUCCUCCUUCCUGAGGUCCACACGGUUGGUCAACCGCCACUGGUGCGCGUGGGCGACCGCAACAACCACCGCCCUGCGGCUGUCCGCGGACGCACCCCUGCAUGCCGCGGUGCGCGCCAUCAAGGGCAAGUACACGCGGCUGACCUCCCUGGACUUGGGCAAGCGCAGUGGGCACAAGGACCGCGAGAUGGCCGCCCUGUCGAUGCUGGACGGUGUGAGCGCAAUCCGGAUGAGGGGCUGCUGGGCGACGGACGAGGGACUUUCGCACUUGGUUGGCCUGACGAACUUGAGGCGGCUGGAUCUGAGCGGAUGCCCGAAGGUCACCCGGGAGGGUGUGGCCCACGUGGGGCGGAUGGCGGCCCUCGAAGAGCUUCAUUUGGCGUGGAACGGCGAGGUGGUGGAUGCAUGUUUUGGCCACCUGGCGGGGCUGAAGGCUUUGGCCACGCUGGACCUGCGGGGGUGCUGCAGGAUAUCGGCGCGCGUGCUGGAGCACCUGCGCAGGGUGCCGUCCAUCUCGCACCUGGACCUGUCCGGCUGCCAGAGGGUCACCGGGCGGGCUCUGGCGUGCCUGGCGGAGCUGCCGGCCUUAAGGCACCUCGGCCUGAACCGCUGCGUGAAGCUGACGGAUUCGGACAUGGACCACGUGGCGCGGGCCGGCGGGCUGCAGCGGCUGGAGCUGUCGGGCUGCCCAAGGAUCACGCAGGAGGGGCGGGCGAAGUUGAUGAGAGGGCUGCCGUGUGUUGGCACCGCGUGA